UUUUAUAGUACAUUAAAAAGAACAGCAAAGUAGAAUUUUUUAUAGUACCUAUACUAGAACAGCAAAUGCUGCAGUAUUUAAGAAAUCGCUCUCUUGCGCAGGAGCAAAGGUACAAAAGGAAUUUUAUAACAAAAUGAGCGGAUCAAAACGUGUUGCUGUUGUGACGGGGUCGAACAAAGGUAUAGGCGUCGCUAUUGUUCGCGGUCUCUGUAAACAAUUUAAGGGCGACGUCAUCUUAACCGCCCGAAACGAGGGAAAUGGUAAAGAAGCGAUUAAGAAACUGAACGCAGAAGGCCUGAAGCCCGUGUUCCACCAACUUGAUAUCACAGACGUCGCCAGCGUUCAGCGCUUGCGUGACUUUCUCCAGAAAAACUACGGUGGCCUUGACGUUCUCGUGAAUAACGCGGCCAUAGCUUACAAGAAUGCCGCCACAGAACCCUUUUCCGAGCAGGCUGAGGUCACCAUGGCAACCAAUUUUUGGGGAACGUUAAACGCCUGCAACGUUCUGUUUCCGAUACUAAGGCCGCAUGCCAGGGUCGUAAACAUUUCGAGUCGAGGAGGGUCCAGAGCGGCAUCAAACUGUAGCCAAGAACUGCAGAAACGGUUUCUGGACACGGACCUGAGCGUGGCGAAAAUUGAACAACUCAUGAAGGACUUUGUCGCAUCUGCGAAAGCCGGGAACGUCAAGGCAAAGGGCUGGCCAGAGCACGCAUAUGGCAUAAGCAAGAUCGGGGUCACUUUGAUGACGAUUGUCCAACAACGACAGCUCAAUUCUGAUAAACGAUCGGACAUUGUGGUUAAUUCGUGCUGUCCGGGAUACGUGGCUACCGAUUUGAGCAGCUUUAACGGUGAAAAAACAACCGACGAAGGUGCAGAUACUACUCUAUAUCUCGCGUUGUUGCCACCAAACGCAGCCUCCCCAAAGGGCGCGUUCGUUUGUGAGCGGAAUAUCACGAAGUUCUUGUAAGUGGGGAGAAAUGAAAAGACAAUACGAGGGAACCUCCCCUGUUAAGUUUUCGCCACUCAAACUUUAGAAAACUUUGGCAAUCUGAACAGCAUAAUUUUGAUUUUGAAAGAUUUUCUCACAAUAUUUUAAAGUUUUGACUGUUAGAGAAACCGUAUCCAAGCUUGUCAGAAUUUAUGUACAUUAAAUGUAUAUUUCACGUUGUCAUUGCGUUUAAAUUUAUUAUAUAAAAAAUGAAAAAUAGUC